ACCCGCUUCGAACUUCACAGAGCACAACAGAGGACUGGGGCGUUGUGUUUAGGCUGGUAUUUAUCUGAUGUAUUGUGAGAAUAAUUACUUUUAGUCGAUCACUUAAACUAACUACGCUGAGACAUGGCGGGUUUACCACCAGGAGACCCGCAGCUGGUCUCCAUGAUCGUCAGUCAUCUGAAAACACAGGGUCUGUUCGACCAGUUCAGGAGGGACUGCCUGGCAGACGUUGAUACGAAGCCAGCCUACUUAAACCUGAAGCAACGAGUGGACAACUUUGUCUCUAAUCAUCUGUCUAAUCACACAUGGAGCCCUCAUCUGAACAAGAACCAGUUGAGAAACAACAUCCGGCAGCUUGUCCUUCAAUCCGGCAUGCUGGAGCAGGGAGUGGACAGGAUUGUGGCCCAGGUGGUGGAUCCCAAAAUCAACCAUAUCUUUAGGCCACAGGUGGAGAGGGUGGUCCGUGAAUUUCUGUCACCUGGCAGCUGCUCUGAGGAGCCGCUGGCCCCUUUGCCUCCAGCAGAGACCAAACCAGACGCCAGCAUUCCUGAGCAGGCUUCAUCAUCAGCUCCGUCUACCGUUGCAUCCAGCAGCGCCAUGUCCAUCCUGGACACCAUAACCACACUAAACCAGGAGGCCAGUGUCAGGGCCAGUUCAGUAACCGAGAGAGGACGUAAAGGCCAAGCUUCGGAUGACCCCAUGCAGCAGAUGGAGGAGGGCGAGCUGGACAUGAGUCUUGAUGAAUGUGACAUACAGCUCGACGGGAAGGAUUAUGAAGAUGCAGAGGAAGCCAAGCUCGCAACAGGAGAGGAGGCGUUAGUGUUCAGGACCGAGGACCCGCAGGAACAAAUGGAUCUGGGGAAAGAGGAGUUAACAGAGGAGGUGAAAAUGGAAGAGGAGGAGUCAGAAACUCAGGGGAAAAUAGAGGAGGAGAAGGACAACCCUGUGAGCAAAAUUAUUGGAAAGCAAUCAGAAGAGAGGCAUGAGGAUGAUCAACUGAAAUCCACAAGCCAGGCCAAGCAGAAAGCCAGAGAGAGGAUAAAAGAAGAAUACUCUUUGGAGGACUCUGACCUGGACGGCCUGAGCGACAUCACAGUGAGCUCCGUCCACACCAGCGACCUGUCGUCAUUUGACGGGGAAAGUGAGGAUGAUGCUCUGGCCUCUGAUUCUUCUGAAGAAGGGGAGCUUCCGCCAGACGAUGAAGGCGAGUGGACAGAAAACAGACAGGAUGGUGGAGACACUGCAGAUGAAGACAGGGAGCGGAAACCACGCCGCAAGGCCUAUGUUCACAAACCCUUCCUCUACUCCCGUUACUAUAGCGACUCGGAUGAUGAGAUCACUGUGGAGGAACGUCGCAGAUCUGCGGCAAAGGACAAAGAGGAAAGGCUGCUCAAGAGACAACAGAACAGAGAGAGGAUGGAGGAGAAACGGAAACAGAAAGCAGUGCAGGCAGAAGAACAAGAGCACAAAAAACAAAAAAGUGGAGACUCUGGCGGGCAGGAUGGCCCCAGAGCCAAGGAGGCCCGCAAAGAGAGGAAAGUCCUGGAGAAGAAAAUGGCGCUCAGCAGGAGGAGGAAACUAGACUCAAGGAAAGAGGGAGAUUCUUCAAGCAAGAAGAAAGGAGACCCAGCAGACAUGCACAAGAAAGCUGAAGUGAAAACUGCCCCCUCAAAGACCACACAGCCUAAACUGAUCAGACACGUUUCUGAAUCAGCGUCUUCUGAUGAGAGGCACCGGAGAACGAGCGGCAGCGUCUCAGAAGAUUCCAGUGACACGAAGAAGCUGUGCGACAAAGGCCGGACACACUCCUUCAUCUUGGACUUGGAGCAAGGCUCCCAGGAGGCUCUCAAACAACGUUCAGUCGGGAAGUUUGACCGUUUAUCACGCAAGGAGCUUCACCCUAAAGAACGCAAAGACAAAGAGCGCAGCUUGUCCGAUGAACGUGCCAAGCUCAAACAAAAACUGGAGAAAAAAUCCGAACAUCAGACGGAUGAAUCCCAGCAGAAAGAAUUCAUGGCUGGUAAAGUAUCCUCUGAAGAGAAGGGUGAGAAGAAGCCUAAAGUUAAAAGUGAGAAGAAGGUGGCAGGCGGUGCAAGGGAAGGAAAGGUUUCCCUGUCUGAAGGUGUUGCUGAAGAGGGAGGCUCUAAAGAUGCCAAGAAGGUAAAGGCUGUAUCUGCAGAGGCUGUCAAAGCAGAAAAGGACAAGGAGAAGGAUAAGAGCAGGGAAAAGGACAAAGAUAAAAUCAAAGAAAAGGAAAAGGCGAAAGGAGAGAAGCCUAAAAGUGAUUUCAAACCGCUGCUUCGCCCAGAUUCUGGAGGCUCCUCAGAGGAUCGAUCUGACAUGGAGCCUGGUUCAGACAGCAGCAAGAAGAAAGAGAAACACUCCAAGGAACUCCUGAAGAGGUCAAAGAGUCACUCUGAGGACAGGCCAGGAGACAAACCCAAGUCUAAGACCGAUAGUGAGAAGGAAAAGACCAAAGCAGAUCUAGACAGCCAGAAGGUGAACAAGUCGAGCUCUGAAACGGACAAAGACCCGAAAAGGGUUAAGCCAACAGAAAAGGGAAAAAUCCUCGAAAAAUCUAAAUCUAAAUCCAAAGAUGAGGCAAAGACUCCAUUGUUGUCAAAGACGGAAAAGAAAGUUCAGAUUCCAGAAGUCAAAAGUGCAGCAGGUGCUUGCAUCACCAAACCUGAAGCAACAAAGGAGAAGAAAAAAGAGGCCAAUGCUAAAGAACCGCGGAAACUCUCUGAAGAGCCUUCACAGGACAAGAUGGACAUUAAAACUGCAAAGAAAAAACUGGAGAAGAAAGAGAAGGUUUCAGAAAAGAAAGAUGACAGCCAGGAGGAGAAGAAAGCACCGAGAGAAGACAAACUGGAAAAGUCCGAUAAAUCCUCAAAGUCUUCGGUUUCUUCUCUGAGCCUCGAGGCGGACGAGCCACCAAAGAAACAAGCGCUUCUCCAAGACACGAGCACAGACUCUGAACCCGUCACCACCACCGUCACCACCUCCUUCUCAGACGACACCUGCGACGCUUUGAGUGACAUCACCCCUGAGCCACCCGAAGGUGAGACGGAGGCCCGGCUCAGCGAGAUGCCGGCUGUGCCCGCUGAGGCCGACGCCCUGCUCACUCUUAUGGACGUCUGCACUUCAGCGGAGGCAAGACUUCCACCCGAGAGCGUCAGAGAGGACGUGGCACCUGAGAUGGAGCUUCACGAGGCAAGACUUCCACCUGAGGAGCUUCAAGAGGUAGUGACCGCUGAGAUGGAGCUUCAAGAGGCUGACAUGAAGAUGAAAGAAGCAGCUCUGACGCUGCUCUCCAUGGAUCCUGAUAGUACAGUGCCUUCCGGCUUAAUUUGCCAAGACACAAGGGAGGAAUCGGUGGUGGAUGUGUCUUCCCCACAGCCGAUGGAAACUCCCGCAGCUGAAGAGGAGCAGCAGAUUCCUGCUAUGGAAGUGGAGACGGCUACGGAAACCGAGGAGUUCAUGGCCACUGAGCCGUCACCAGUUUCACCGCAACAAACUGCUGAGCUUGAGGAUAAAAGUAUUUCAGAAAAGUCUGAAAGCUCGGACAGAGAAGUGGACGCAUCACAGGGUGAAGCUUCAGAGACGCUUCCUCCACAGGAGGAAGACGCCGCCUCAAACAACAGUCAGACUCCUUUAGACGAAGAAGAAAUAAAAAGUUCGGAAAUUCCUCCUGAAGCUCAGCCAGACGAGGAACUGGCAGCACCAGCUGAAAAAGCUGCAGAUGUGGCUGUGACCGAAGCAGAAGAGCCCAGUGGGAGCAAAGAGGACGGCACAGAUCCCAUCGUAUCUGACACAACUGAGCUAGUGUCAGAAAUCUCCAGUGAGCAAAUUCAAACAGAGCCAGCGGCUGCAGUCACGACAACAAGCCCCCAGACAGAGGACGACGUCGGGGAGGAGAACCAGGCCGGGAUGGAAAUCGACAACAGUGAAGCUGAGAGUAAGACAGCAGAGGAAGAAAACGUUUCCACUGAGAAAGGUGAUCCGGAAACUAUGGAAAUCUGUGUUCCAGACCAGACUGAAGAGGUCAAAGAAAGUGAACCUGAGGCUAAACUAGUCAAACAGAUCAGUAACGCCUCUAGCACAGACAGCCAGGAAGAUGAGAAGGGCUCAGACCUGUCAGGAAAGGAAGAGAAGACAGAGGGACGAGGAAGACGCAAACGGAAGCUGUCCACUCAAAAAGCUGCAGCCGUGAAAGAAUCUGGUGAUGAGAAGGACGAAAAGGAGAGUAAAGAGCAGCUAUCUGCUGAGACUCUUUCUCUUCAGGAAGCUGAGCAGGAGAAGGCUGUAGAAGUGAAAACGCCUCGCAGGGGGCGGUCAUCCAGAGCCACGGAGGAGGCAGAGAAGGACCAAUCGAAAGAACCGGAGAAACCAGAGGAGACUCCGAGCCGUAGAGGAAGACGUUCAGGAGCUGCAGCCAAAGACGCCACAGCUGAUGCUCAGAACAAGUCUGAGGACAGCGCCGAUAACGGUUCAUCCCUGACACCAGCGGAGAAAGACGAUGAGAGAGCUGAGGAGGACAGUGAACCAAAUCAAAGUUGUGAGCGGGGAAGUGAGGUCAAUCUGUCAUCUCCUGGUCCAGAGGAAAGUGAAGGGGCGGAAAGAUCAGACUCCAAAGAGACUGCUGAUACAUGUGAACCAGCAGAGAAGAGACAGAAACCUGAGGAAGUGGAAGAACCUGUAGAGGAACCCCAGACUCAGGAGGAGCUGAAGGAAAGCGAUGAACAGGAGCAAAGCAGCCAGCAGCCUGAUCAAGACAGCGGCUGCUCUCCUUCAGUGGUCCAGUCAGAGGGUGUUGAGGAUGGAAAAGAGGAGAGCAGCAGUGAGAAGAAGGCAGAUGAAACUGAGGAGGAGCAACAGCAAGAGGACCAGGAGACCAGUCCAAAGAGACCUGCUCGGAGGGGACGGCCACUGAAGGCUGCAGCUACAGAGGACUCAGAGAAAAAAGACAAAAAGGCAGAAGAGAAAGAAGGUGAGCAGAAUGAUGAAGAGGAGGAGGACGGUGACAAAGAAGAGGGGGAAAAAGGAACCGCAACCAGAGCUACGACACGGUUAGCAUCUCGUCUGGAGGCUGAAAGAAACAAGCCAAGUAAACCCUCCACCCGGGCAAGUCGACAGAACGGCAAAGAGGAGGCCACAGCGGGAACACGCGGGACGAGGGGCCAGGCGGCGGCGGCGGCGAAGGGGGGCCGCAAACGGGAGGCCAGCCCUCCUGCGGUGCGAACGAGGGCAGGACAGAAAUCAGAGGAGCCCCCUUCCAAGAGAGCCAAGCGCUAAGCUCUCUGACAGCGGUGGAACGGUUUGCCCCAGCAGUGUUGUUUUUACACUCCACAUUCAAAGAGCCUCUACAGUCCGUUAACACAAACAGCUGUUUCUGCUUCACUGACUGCAGAUAUUGAAAAACUCUGGAUAGUAUUAAACACUCUCCUCUGAUGGUCGAGUGUAAACCUGAGGAUCUGUGUAAGAAUCCCCCAGAACAGCUUCUGCCGCCCCGCGCCCAUAUGGUUCGAAUCAGGCUUCGUCAUUCCUUGGUUUAUUCGGUAAUGCCCGCUGAACCCGAGUGUUUGAGGCCAAUCAAAGGCCUAAUGUGCCGCCGAGUCGUCCUUUGAGACGAAGCGGGCGAAUUGAAAUGUACUGUCGGUCAGAAGAGAUUGUGUCUCACUGUUACACACGUACGUAGAAAGCACUGUGAAGCCUUCUUUCUGAUUUUUAUUAUUGAAUAUUCAUUCUGUGAAUGAAAGGGGACGUUUUUCCCCCACUUUGUUUUUUAAUAUAUAUGUAUAUACAUAUAUAUAUAUGUACUCGGCCGGCAAGGGAAGUUUUUUUCAGAUAUAUUUCUCACAAGAAAUAACAGGAGUGUUAGUCACAGAAAACCAAAACUGUGAACUCAAUAUUCAUUUCUAACAAUAUGUACCGCUUCUUACUGGCUAAAUAAAUGUGAUCUAGUUAUUUUUAAUGUUAUAGAGUUAGCUGACAUUUGUUUCAUAAAUGUAAAAAUACUGAAUAUUGUUCCUUUUUUAUGGUAUUGAGAAAGAAACCACUUCGAGUUGUGGUCCAUCAUCUUAAUUUCUAUGUUUGCAUUCAAGCUGUGAAUGUAAAGGAGGCGUUUAAAUACAUCUUUGUGCAUUUCUUCA